UUAACCUGCUAAAUUACAAGAAGGAGUCCGCAUUCAGUACUGUCCCCAACAUUAUUGUGCUGACUUCGGGAUCCCCGAAGAAGUGGAUUCAAUUGAAUCCUGUUUAUGUUAAAUGAGCUUCAGACCAUACGGUAUCAUGACACUUUAGCAAAAUGCCAAAAGGAAGAAACUGGAACCCAUGUAUGGAUAGAGAUGGUGAAUGGUUUUCCCAUCUAGGUUUUCCCCCAAUCCCAUUUAAAAGAGAGGCUGCUACAAGCACAGGGUGCAUGCUAACACAGGCAACAAAACAUCCACCAAAUGGUGUCCCAGAAAGAUACCUGAAGACCUCCAGAACCACAGAAGGGAACACUGAAAAAAGAGAAUACCCAUUUUCUGUUCACGAUAAUCGCUUUGCUUUACACCGUACCUCUGAAAUGUUUGAUGUUGGUCUGGGGCGCAGAAAGGCUUUGGACGGUUUUUCUCAGCACAGCUCCCACAACUUUUUCCUCUGGACUCAGGAUGCUGUGCCCCUUGUGUCUGUGGAUGGAGAUGGCAUGUCAUUCUACCACACAGAGUACCUAGGCUGCCAGGAGACAGACCGCCCCAGCUUCAGGCGCUUUCCUCAGAACCACGCUCAGAUGUCAAGAGGUUCAGCGGCCCAGGCCGGAAGAGACCUAGUGUGGUUUGGAAGGCAUGACAGGACACAGCACACCCCUCUCAGUGUGCUUGCUGUUACCCAGUUCCCAUCCUCUUCAAAGCCCUGGAAUUACUCCUACCAUAAUAAAAGCUAUUACAAUAAAUAGAGAUUUAAGGGUAAUAUAACAAGGAAUUAUUUUUUUUUCUUUGUUUACUCUUUUCUCUCUGUUUCUGCAUUAUAUAACAUUCCUUUCAAAGUCACUUGCUACUUUUUUUUUCCUGUGCCAGAAACAAAGAGAGAAACAUUAAAAUGUUAGUGUCAACAGCAUUCUUUCUUUUUAUUAUUAGUAUAAAAUCCUAAUGCUGAGAAGUGAAUCUACAUCUUAGCAAAAGGUUUUUAAAAAGUACUUUUGAAAAGCAGAUGAAGGAGCUGAUAAAAAUAGAUUAACUUGUGCCCAUAGGGAUGAAUAGCCCACUCAUAUAUUCAGUGUAGUGUCUGUAAGAAACAAAAUGUAUUAAAAUGUAAUGACCUGAUGGUUUAUGUCACAAAUUUAAUAGAAGGUAUGCUGUUUUUCAAAUUAAAAUGAAAUAGUCACUGGUUUCUUGUUAACUUUAUAAAGAAAGGUAGCUUAAGUAUUGAUUCACAAUCAAUACAGUCUUGUCAAUUCUCCCAUUUAUUUGCUUUAAAUAAGAAAUGGGAUUCCUGGUGAGGCUCAAAUUACAAGUGAUGCACAACCAAUGCUUUGCAGUAUGUAUUAAUAAACUGAAUUUAGAGUCAAUUAUAAGAAGGAUUAUCAAACAGUGUGAUAGCAAGAGACAAAUAAACAGAAUUAGGAGAGAGAAAUUGCAUUUAGUCCAUUUAAACAUUACAACAGGAGGAUCAACAUUCAUUGUUCCUGCAUGUAAAAAGGCAAAAAUCAAUUUUCCUACCUAUGGUUUUGGCUGUGGAAAAUCUGCUUGGUUUUAUGAACUAAGUCAAUACUCCUGUUUACAUUAUAUUGCUAUGAUUUGGUGACGGUAUACAUGAUCUAAUGCUUUUUAUUUGUUGCUGUAUGUUUAUUCUUCUUUUAAUAUAGUGUAAAUGUAUUAUAUAAUCUAAUUCUGUAUUAUUAAUUAAUACAAAAAGUCCAUACUCUCCUUUGAACACAUAUAUACUGAAAAUAAAAAAAUCACUAUUCAUGCA